GUGACAGUCAAAGCCGGGAGGAGACCUCAGCUCACACCAUCAUGAAGUCCGUUUUUAUGGUGGCGGAAAAGCCGUCGCUGGCACAGUCUUUAGCUGAGAUAUUAAGUAACAAGAAGUGCAACUCAAGAAAAGGUUUCAAUGGAGCAUGUAGUGUUCAUGAGUGGACAGGCAGUUUUUGUAACCAGAGUGUUCGGUUCAAGAUGACAUCGGUGUGUGGUCAUGUCAUGUCUCUGGAUUUUCCUGGAAAGUACAAUAACUGGGAUAGAGUUGAUCCUGCUGAGUUGUUCACGUGUCCAACAGAAAAGAAGGAAGCCACAGCCAAGCUUCGCAUGCCUGAAUUCUUAAGCAAGGAGGCGCGAGGUUGCGAUUACUUGGUACUGUGGCUUGAUUGUGAUAAAGAAGGAGAGAAUAUUUGCUUUGAGGUUAUUUCAUGCGUAGAAAGUUCCAUGAACAAGUCUUACAGAGAGCAGACCAUAUUUCGAGCAAAGUUCUCAGCAAUCACAGACCGUGAUAUUAAGGCUGCUAUGAAUUGUUUGAUAGAACCAAAUGAAAAUGAGUCUCGAUCUGUUGAUGCAAGACAGGAGCUGGAUCUUCGCAUUGGUUGUGCAUUUACAAGAUUUCAAACCAAAUUUUUCCAAGGAAAGUAUGGCAAUCUAGACUCCACCUUAAUCUCCUUUGGACCCUGUCAGACGCCAACUCUUGGGUUUUGUGUUGAGCGACAUGACUUCAUACAGUCUUUCAAGCCAGAAACUUACUGGGUAUUGCAGGUCAAAGUGGCUGUGACAGAAGAAAGGCAGAUGAACUUAGAGUGGGAGAGAGUCCGAAUCUUUGAUAAGGACGUGGCCAACUUCUUCUUGAAUCUUGUCAAGGAACAGAAGAGGGCCAAAGUUGUGCGAGUGACCUUGGCUGAGAAGACUAAACCAAGACCUUUAGCUCUGAAUACUGUUGAGUUGAUGCGUAUUGCCAGUUCAGGCCUUGGAAUGGGUCCUCAGCAUGCAAUGACCAUAGCUGAGAGGCUUUACACACAGGGUUACAUCUCCUAUCCAAGGACAGAAACUACACAUUAUCCUGAAAAUUUUGAUCUCAAGGGCGCGCUGAGGAUUCAGGAAGGUCACAGUGACUGGGGUAGUUCUGUCCGUGAAAUACUGAGAGAUGGCAUCCAGAAGCCUAAAAAGGGACAUGAUGCUGGCGACCAUCCUCCCAUUACACCAAUGCGUUGUGCUGACAGAAACCAGUUUGAUCAUGAUACUUGGCGCUUAUAUGAGUAUAUAACAAAACACUUCAUUGGUACUCUGAUGCCUGACUGCAUCUACCUCAGUACAGUCAUCAGUAUUUCAAUUGGAGCAGAAAACUUCAGUGUGAGUGGAAAACAGCUUCUCGACCCAGGCUUCACUAAGGUGAUGGACUGGCUAGCUUUGCAAGAUGAGGAAAAAUUACCGGAUGUCAAGUCUGGUGAUGAAUUUGCAAUUUUAGAAACACGAUUAUCUGAGCGACAGACAUCCCCACCUGAUUACCUGACUGAAGCAGAGUUGAUCAGCCUGAUGGAAAAACAUGGCAUUGGCACAGAUGCAUCAAUUCCUGUACACAUUAACAACAUUUGUCAGCGGAACUAUGUUCAAGUGUCCUCAGGACGUAGAUUAGUACCCACUAGCCUUGGUAUUGUGCUUGUUCAUGGUUAUCAGAAGAUUGAUCCUGAUCUAGUACUGCCUACAAUGAGGAGUGCUGUAGAAGAACAGCUUAAUCUUAUUGCCUUAGGAAAAGCUGACUUUAAUGCUGUUUUGCGACACACUCUAGAGAUCUUCCAGUUAAAGUUCCAGUUCUUCGUUAAUAACAUAGGAGGAAUGGACGAGUUGUUUGAGGUUUCAUUUUCACCGUUGUCUGCAAGUGGGAGGCCUCUAUCAAGAUGUGGGAAAUGUCGCCGCUACAUCAAACUGGUUGAAACAAAGCCCAUCCGACUCCACUGUGUAAACUGUGAUGAGACCUUUGCUGUGCCCCAGAAUGGGAUCAUAAGGGAGUUUCAUGAGAACAGAUGUCCCCUGGAUGACUACCAGAUGUUGAUGUGGUCAGGGGGCGCCAAGGGGAAAAGCUUUACCUUCUGCCCUUACUGUUACAACAAUCCUCCUUUCCCAGAUAUGGCUAAGGCAAAUGGUUGUAACUUGUGUUCUCACCCAACCUGUGAAUACAGCCGUGAUAAUGCUGGUGUAUCUAUGUGUAUGGAAUGCCCCACAGGAAUUCUUGUGAUGGAUGCAGCUUCAGGGCCAAAGUGGAAACUAGCUUGUAAUAAAUGUGAUGUUAUCAUUAACAUCUUCCAAAAGGCCAGUAAGGUGCAGGUUCUCAGCGACACUUGUGAAGACUGUGGCUCACAGAUUGUUACAGUGGACUACAAAGAGGGUUCAACUAAACUGAGAGAUGGCCAGCUGACAGCUACAGGGUGCAUCUUCUGCAGCAGCACCCUGAUUCCACUUGUUGAAAAGCACAGAGCCAUGAUGGAUAGUGGGCGAGGACGUGGCAGAGGACGUGGCCGUGGCGCCGGCAGAGGUCGUGGCGGCAGGGGAGGCAGGGGCAGGGGCAGAGGCAGGGGGCGCAGAUAAUUGCUAGCCACGGUGAAAAUAGCCUUUCCAGUCGAAGAAUUGUAAAUUCAAGUGUUUGAAAAGAUAUUUAGAUAUUUAUCUUUCUUUAUGUCCAAAGCUUCCUCUUGUACAAAUGUGAAUUUUUGUAUGAAAGUUUAGGUAAGGGAUUUUGAAAAUUUAAUUGAGGAAUCAAUGAAAUUUCAGAAGUAACAAUUACAAUUUUUAUCUUUCACUAUUUGUGUCCUAUGAAUUAACUGCAAUUGUUUUGAAACCUUUGUCCACUUAUUGUAAUGUGUAUGCAUCAUACACAGGUGUUAUAAAUAAUAAUAAAUAAAGCAGUUAAUAUUA